AACAUCGACACUCGUGCGGCGACCGCCACCGUGACCACCACCACACUAACUCGCGUGACUUUUUUCUCGCACGCGUGUUACGGUUCCGCCGUUCGAUCCUGGCCCGGUUCGGUCGAUCGGUCUCCUCCCGGUGUACGAUGAUCGAUCGCGCGCCAACGAGUCGCGAGGAAACCACGUUCGAUCAACAACGCGCGAUUUUCCACGGUGCAACGAAAAAUCAGAAGCAGACGAGAUCCUCCUCUGCGCGCCACUGUUGACAUUGCUCUCUUCUACUUGCACUUGGUUGAUUCGAGUCUCAGUGGCUGUCUCACGUGUUUCUUCGAUACGAAGCUCUUCCGCAGGAAGAUGUCGGUGGAUCAUGUUUUCUCACGGUUAAAAGGGUGCAAAUGAAUCAGUCACCGUCCCAUGAAUCAUCGGCCAUCAACCGUGGAACCGGCUAUCGCGCUUCCGGCCGCUUGUUAUCCCGCGAAUUAACGCGAGGUCGUCGUUAAUUAAUCCGCGAAUCGGCGCGGCAGCAAUUAACGCGGCAGCGCGUGUCGUCUAGAUCGAUUUCUCCCGAAAUUCUCUGGAAAGUAGAGGAGAUUAGGAACAAAAGAAAAAAGAGUCCAAAGACGUAUUUUGACAUUGCGUGAGGUCGAGAAGCGAGGAAAGUCGAGGAAACUGCGGCGAAGUUUCACGGAGGUGUCUAAAGGUGUCUCGACGAAAUUGGGCGAAAGGCGACGACGAAUCGAAAGAGGCGACAGGUAACGGGAUAAGAAGUGGCGUUCGGAGAGUGGCGUUGAAAGGAUCGAGCAGCGAUGUCUGUAACCGACGAGAUUGAAGAAAAGACGACAGCGUGGGAAUAGAGAGGGCGGGGAAGAACAGAGAGCGAUCGAGGUGGAAAAAAGCGUGACGCUGCUGGAAAAAGGUAAAUAACUCUGGGUGAAAGGGGAUAAAAGGCCGUGGAAGGAAAAAAAGUGACGUUAAGAGCAACGGAGGGGGAAUCUUGACAGAAAGAAACGAAACCUUCGGGCUAGAGAUCUAAUAGCAAGAAGACACGAGAAAAUAUGAAGAGGAAGAAACAGGAUUAAGUGGCUGGGUCAAUGACGCGAAAUCGACGCUAAAGGAAAAAAGGAAGAUACUCGAUCGAAUGAAUAACCGAGCCAUAAGCAAGUGGAAGCAUGAGAAUUCCAAGUGGAUGUCUUUCCUCGACUCGAUCAAAGUACUACUCGGUUACAUGUUACACCGGCCACCGGCACUCGCGUCACGUAUCGAGAUCCAUUGAGAGGCAAAAAUGGGUGCCAACCAGUCAACGAGGAACGAGCCUACUCCUGGCGAAGAAGGUGUGCAUAGUGCAGAAACGGGACCGUACCGGAAACAUGUACGCGAUGAAGUACGUUCACAAGGGUGAGUGCGCGGUGCGUGGCGCGCUGAAGAACGUCGCGCGUGAAGUGGAGAUCCUGUCGCAGCUGGAACACCCAUGUUUGGUGAACCUGUGGUUCAGCUUCCAAGACGAGGAAGAUCUGUUCAUGGUCUCCGAUUUACUGCUUGGCGGCGAUCUGAGAUAUCACAUCCAACAGGAGGUGGUGUUCUCCGAGGAAAGCAUAGUGCUUUUCGUUGCCGAGAUUGCUUUGGCCCUCGAUUACCUGCAGAGUCACAAAAUCGUACACCGUGACAUCAAGCCCGAUAACAUUUUGUUGGACGAAGAAGGACACGCGCACGUGACGGAUUUCAACAUCGCGACAGUACUGGAGGACGGAGAAUUGGCUACGUCGAUGUCAGGAACAAAACCGUACAUAGCUCCGGAAAUUUACAUGUGUUCUUGCGAGGAAUACGGUGUUCUUGGUUACGGUUUCGCCGUGGACUGGUGGAGUCUGGGAAUUCUUGCUUGGGAAACUCUUGCUGGAGAACGUCCUUACCCUCUCUGCUCCACUACGACGCAUAGAGAGGCUUUACAGAUCCUUCGGAAAGAAAGACCGACACCCUCUGGCUGGAGUUCUACGAUCUGCGAGCUCUUGGACAAAUUGCUAACCGUGUCACCGGGCACCCGGAUAUCAACGCUCAAGGAACUAAAGCAAGUGAACGCUAUGAGAGAACUCGACUUUGACAAAGUGUUGAACAAGCAGAUAAAACCGCCAUUCACGCCGCCGAAAGAUCACCUGAACUGCGAUCCGACAUUCGAGCUAGAAGAAAUGAUCAUCGAGACGAAGCCGCUGCACAAAAAGAAAAAACGUCUAGCGAAGCAAAGAUCUCUGAAAGUCGAUCAUCCCCCUGAGGACACGGCGGUUGGACUCGUGGAAGGCGCCGCAGGACCGAGUGUCGAUCUCAGAAGAUUAGCAUUCAUCCCAGAAUACCGAGUGUACAACCGUGAACGCGAAAUGGAGAGACAGGAAAGGGAAAAAAAGGAGAAACAGUGGGAAGAGGAUUUGAACACUGCCAUGAAGGGUGCCGAGGAAAGGCUGAAAACGAAACAACAGCCGGUACAGCGAACAGGAAAUCGGCUGAGCGUCUCUACAACCAGCGUGAAAACGCGCAUAAGCGCAUCCCCGAGGCAAGGAAGGCGCGCUAGCACUGUAACUUCGUCGGAUAUCGACUACAUCGACGCAAGUCCCGAGCCUUCCACAUCGUAAAUUUCUCCCGAACAAUUUCUUGUGCACGAAAGAUGGACGUUGACGCGUUAUUCUCAGCAAGAACAUUCUUAACAGUGAUCGUCAUUGAAGUUCAAUCCCCAAUUCGUAGAGUAUCGAAGUACUUAUUUAAAAAGUUCGUUCACGAUCGUAGUAAAUUGAUCUUGUCUUUCGAAUGAUAGAUUUCUUCAGUCCAAUGGCUGUUAGAAGAUAAUGUGAUAAUCGUGAAUUCAGUGAGAGUAAGAUCACGGAAAAUUUGAGAUACUUUCACCUUCUCUUUUUUUCAGUUUUGUGAGAGAUUGACAAAGAUAAUAUGAAAUAUUUUUAAAAAAUCACAAAGAAAUUUUUGUGAACGUAAAUUUCUAGAUAAUGAUUCUCUACGAAUAAUUUUUCAAAGAAGAAAAGAAAUUAACUCGUACCUCAAGCGAUUGAUCUCACGCCGUUUCUUGAUCCCUUUUAAGGGAAAGCGUAUCGUUUAUUUUUGUAAAGAACGAGAAAAAAAGGAACACUCCCCGACCAAAGUGAAGCCUUUUAAAGAGCAUUUUACCAAAUCGAAAACUUAAUGGAGGAAAAGAAGAUAGCACGCUCCUUUCUUCUUCCUCGAACUCGCCUUUCUUCAGAAAAUUCAAGCGAGUACACGGUACCAAGAAGUAUCCGGAACAACCUACAAUUCGCUCCUCACUUUAAUACAUAGUUGGUAUGUAUUAUAGUUGCUUAACUUCCCUUUUAGAAAAUUACGGAAGUUCGUGUAGUCUCAGAUCCGAUAAAUUUUGUAAUGUUAAAAUUAAACUCAUAAGAUUGUAGAAAUAUAAAAACAAGAAUCGUUUCGAUCGAAUUCUUUAGUAAAUUACGAUUAACUUUGUAAGGAUCGCAUCGUUUCUCAUAUCUUCGAUUCAUAUUCUUGACCGAUAAUACAUACCUGCCACCAUUUCGCAUAUACCUCGAGUCUUGUUAUUAACAGAUCAACAAUCAUUCCUCUAAUAAUCAACCGAACACCAAGAAUAAUGUAAUUUUAUAAAUAUAGUCAUUAAGAAAGAAUAUACGUUGUAACGUGAAAAAUUAAAAAGUAAUUAAAGAUUAA